CCCAUAGCCUCUACAACACAACCAAAGCGCCAAAACUUCUCAGUCUUCCACACAAGAUCAUGGCGGCUUCUUUCAGGGGAACAAAGGCUACCGUGAUGGCCAUCCUGCCCCUCCUGAUGAUGUUGAGUUCCAGCAGCUUUGCCUCGGAGGAAGAAAUGGGAGAGACCAACAUCGUCUGUUACAUGCAUGAUUUGUUGACAGGCAAGAAUGUGACCGCGGUUCCGGUGACUUUGGCGGCCAAUUCGACGGGGUUCGGCACAAUAGUCGCCAUUGAUGAUGCAGUGACGGAAGGUCCUGACCGGCGAUCUGCCAUCGUGGGCAGGGCUCAGGGCAUCUACAUAGCUUCUGCAUUGGACAGUUCCGACUUCCACCUCGUGUUCUCGGUCGUCUUCACCGAGGGAAAGCACAAGGGGAGCACGCUGGAGAUACAGGGAGCCGACCGCUACUUGCAGCAAAAAAGGGAGGUGUCCGUGGUUUCGGGAACAGGCGAGUUCCGGUACGCUAGAGGCUACGCCGUAUUAGAGACGGUUGAGCUUGACCCACCGCUAAAUGCUGUUAUAAAGUUCAAUCUUACCAUCCGCUACCCCGUUGCAGAUUCUUAAAAGGGUUUCCAUCUUGGAUGCAAGAACAGCGUUGAUUGCAAGUAUCACUAAAAAAGUACCUCCUACUGUCCUUUGGAUGUAGAAUUGGUGUGAGUCAGGUCCUUCAAUCGAAACAAAGUUUUAUAUUUGUUUCAUAUGUUGUUUUGUGUAUAUGACAAGCAUAUGUCAAAUAUAGGCCUUAUUAUUAUUAUGUAUA